UGCACACCACUACAAAUAUCUGACUUGGGCAGCUCUUUGGAUCAAAUUCAAUCUACUUCUGUUCUAUUGAAGCAUUUUUGAGAAUCUUUUGGCAAGCAUGGACAUUCUAGGAAGAUGGUCUGAACUAAAACCUGCAGACAACGAGGUGCAAGAAAUCUGUGACCAGGUAAAGCCAGAUGUUGAAAAAUUGCUCCAUAUGAAGUUUGAAACAUUUAGAGCUCUCGUGCACAGAACUCUGUUGUUGGCAGGAGGAAUGCACUACUUGAUCCAGAUUCGACACGAGGUUGAAGUACAAGAAGACAAACAUUUUAAAGAAUUCAAGACUCUAUAAUACAGACGUCAGCCAGUGAGUGGAUCCAACUGCUUGAUCAAGUUUCACUCUAACUUCAUAAAAUCGAAUUAAAAUUGGACCAAGGCGUAAUCUCCUGACUCUAUGAAUCUUUUGUGAAGUAGAGUUUGGCUGCUUUUUAGUUUCUGGCUCAAACACCACAGACGAGAACAGUACAAUCAGCUUUGUGAAAGAAGUCAGCUGAAGGUCACUGGUGUGAAGAUGAAGAAACCAGACAAUGAGGUAGAGCCAUUCUGAUUU